CUCUGCAAAGUGGGUAACACGGUGCGUUAAUUAUAAGCAUGAGUAAUCGCUUUAUAAGUUACGAUGCCGCAGGAAACCGUCCGCCAAACAAAUAAUCAUAAAUAUUUGCGAAAUGUCAAGAAUGGCCCCGCAUCCGCGGGCAGACAUGAGCACACAUAUGUAGUUAUGCCGGCAGGGAAGGCAAAGAGUCGGAACUUUAAAGUGAACUCGCAUUCAGGAUACCCUAAGCAGAGUACAUAUCCAAACAUAUCCUAUUCUCACAUCAAAAACAUUUAUUUUAAAUCGCUUUUGAAAUAUAUAUGUUUUUUAAUUUGUGAUAUUAAGUGGUUCUGUUUAUACAAAUAAAUGUUUCC